GGCGCCGGCGGCCGCCGCGUGGUUCCCCUCUCAGGCAGCGCCUGGCCCCGGCCGCCCCGAGCCCGCAGAGCGCGCCCGGCACCGCCCCGCCCCCUGAGAGCGCCCGGUCCGGUCCGGCCCGCCAUGCCCCGCUCCCGCCGGGCGCACGCGGCCCGGAGGGGCGGCCGCGGAGCUCGGAGCAGCGCCAAGGCAGAGUCCCAGGCCAGCGACGAUGAGGCAGCCAGUGAAGUACUGAGUCACUGCAGCAGUGCCAGCGAGAGCACCAGCGUCGCUGAGGAGGGGGCCGGGAGUGAUGCUGUGGACGAGCAGGCCCAGCAGGAGGAGGUGGAAGACAAACUGAAGGAGUGCAUUGACAACGUGACAGACAAGAGCACCAGGACCCGGCAGUUAGCCCUGGAGAGCCUGCGGCUGGCUUUCUCCUCCAAGACGCUUUUCGACUUCUUGUUGGAACGCAGGCUCACACUCACAGACUCCUUGGAGAAGUGCCUGAAGAAAGGUAAAGGGGAGGAGCAGUCUCUAGCUGCUAGCGUUCUCACACUACUGUGCCUUCAGAUGGGCUCGGGCCCCGAGGGGGAGGAGGUAUUCCGCAGCCUGAAGCCCCUUCUCAUCAGUAUCCUGACUGACUCCUCGGCCAGCCCCGUUGCUCGCCAGAGUUGUGCCAUGGCCCUGGGUAUGUGCUGCUACAUCGCUGCUGCGGAUGUGGAGGAUCUGGUUUCCUGUCUCGCCUGCCUGGAGGGCAUCUUUGGCACUUCCUGCCCAGAGGAGAGCAGCUCUGUCCCCACCCACCAUAGCCCCCUGCUCCAGACUUUGCACUGCAACGCCCUCCAGUCCUGGUCCCUGCUCCUUACCAUCUGCCCCAGCUCCCAGAUCAAGAAGAUUCUGGACAAUCACCUACUGAAGCUGCCGCUGCUGCUGUCCAGUGACAACGUCAACCUGCGGAUUGUGGCGGGCGAGACCAUCGCGCUGCUCUUCGAGCUGGCCCAUGAGCUGGAGGAGGAGUUCUUCUACGAGGACAUGGACCUGCUGUGCACCAAGCUCAAAGCCCUGGCCACCGACAGCAACAAGUACCGGGCCAAGACGGACAGACGCAAGCAGCGCUCCAUCUUCCGCGAUGUGCUGCACUUCAUCGAGAAUGGCGAGUGCCAUGAGGAGACCAUCAAGUUUGGCCUGGAGUGCAUGUACGUGGACAGCUGGGUCAGGAGGAGAAUGUACAACGCCUUCAAGGAGGUGCUGGGCUCCGGGGUCAGGCAUCACCUGCAGAACAACGAGCUGCUGCGUGAGAUCUUUGACCUGGGGCCUCCUCUGGUGCUGGAUGCUGCAGCUAUCAAAGCCAGUAAGAUCUCCCGCUUCGAGAAGCACCUGUACAACUCUGCCGCCUUCAAAGCCCGGACAAAAGCCAGGAGCCGCGUGCGCGAUAAGCGAGCCGAUGUCCUGUGACGGAGGCUGCUCCCUCCGCCGCCUCCUGGACAACCCACGGACUGCAGACCCCAACCACUGUGACACAGGGGAGGAGCUGGGGGGUGGGGCUCUCGGCCCUCCCAGCUCAUCGGCUCCCGCCAUGCCCCUCACCCCCAGCCGGGGGGGCUUUUAGACGUGUACAGACUUGUAUUUAAAUGGUGUGGCUGGUGGAUCCCAGCGAGAGGGCCAUGGGGCGGUUUUAUUUUUUUAACCCAAAAAAUGUAAGCGAGGUUUGGGUGUGGGGGAAGCCCCCUGCUUUAGCUGGUGAUUUUAGCCUCCUCUGGCCACACACACACACCUCCCCCCCCACUCCUGUGCACAGCCUGGGGGGCAGGCUGGAGGCAGCGGGGAAGGGGGGAGGUGGAUUUUCAGCUGAGUGUCUUGUUCUCUCCCCUGCUGUGGGAGCUGUUUGGCUUGGCUGGGUGAAGUGAGAAUUGGCAAUUGAAGUGGCUGGUGAAAUGCUGAGCGUGUGGCAUUAGGAGGGGCUGUUCCCCCUCCACUCUCCCUGUUCCUCAGUUACCCCCACAUAGCACCUGUGUUCGUGCCCUGCUGUCCCCAAUACACAAUGCUUUGCAUUGGGCCCUUCCCAUGUGCACAGGCCAACCAGCUCUUCCCCUGCCCUUCCAGGAGCCAUGAGCAUGGCUCAGGAUGUCCCCAAGGGGCCGUGGGCCAUCAGGAGCCACUGGUUUGAGAGAAAUCCCCAACCAGUGUCAGAAACUAACAGGGCCCUAUGGGGGUAGGGCCACUGCUGAGGAGCUGCUGCUCCCCUUGGGUGCUCUUGUUUUGUAGGGUGGGGUCUUGGGGUUCAUCUCCCAUAGCGAGAUGCAGGGAAGGACAGAGCGUGCAGUGGGGAUUGCUUGCUGAGAGGGGUUGAUGCAGUCCCUAGUGUUACCAGUGAGUGGGAGAUGAGAGUCCGUGUCUCUCUCCUCCCUCCCACCC